AUGGUCCGGAGAGAAGGGCAGCAUGGAUGGCUAUUGCCCACCAAUAAGCCCCCAAAAACAUUGGAGCGGAACCCAGCACGGCACAGCGUGCGGAGGUUCAGCAGAAAAAGGACCAUGGGCGCGAAGGGUUUCACGCAACAGGGUGUGCCCGAUCAUGCCGAAGUUUGA